AUGAUCACCGGCAAAGAUAUGUACGACGUACUAGCGGCGAUGGUGCCGCUAUACGUAGCUAUGAUACUAGCCUACGGUUCGGUACGGUGGUGGGGAAUAUUCACACCAGACCAAUGUUCCGGUAUUAACCGGUUCGUUGCGGUUUUCGCGGUUCCUCUUCUCUCUUUCCAUUUCAUUUCCUCCAAUGAUCCUUAUGCCAUGGAUUACCAGUUCCUCGCCGCCGAUUCUCUUCAGAAAGUCGUCAUCCUCGCCGCACUCUUUCUUUGGCAGGCGUUUAGUCGCAGAGGAAGUCUAGAUUGGGUGAUAACGCUAUUUUCGCUAUCGACACUACCGAACACGUUGGUAGUGGGAAUCCCAUUGCUCCGGGCUAUGUAUGGAGACUUUUCAGGCAACUUAAUGGUGCAACUAGUUGUGCUUCAAAGUAUCAUAUGGUAUACAUUAAUGCUCUUCUUGUUCGAGUUUCGUGGCGCUAAGCUUCUUAUCUCCGAGCAGUUCCCAGAAACCGCUGGUUCCAUCACUUCUUUACGAGUUGAUUCUGAUGUUAUCUCUCUCAGUAGCCAUGAACCCCUCGAGACCGAUGCCGAGUUAGGUGACGACGGAAAGCUCCACGUAGUGGUCAGGAGAUCAAGCGCCUCCACAUCAAUGAUCCCAUCGUUCAAUAAGUCUCACGGCGGAGGAUUUAACUCUUCCAUGAUCACGCCGCGAGCCUCAAAUCUCACUGACGUCGAGAUUUACUCCGUUAGCUUUAACCAGACAGAUUUUUACGCUAUGUUUGAUGCAAGCAAAGCUCCGGACCCUCGUCACGGGCACAGCAAGAGUUACGGUGGCGUAGGAUCAGGUCCCGGCAGAGAUGUUUACUCGCUUCAGUCGUCUAUAGGAGUGACACCAAGAGCUUCCAGCUAUAAUGAGGAAGUUUUGAAGAUGAAGAAAAGAGGAAGAGGGCGGAGAAGUAUGAGUGUUGACUUAUAUAACAAUAACAGUGUUCCCUACCCACCACCAAAUCCGAUGUUCAUGGGGUCAACGAGCGGAUCAAGUGGAGUCAAGAAAAAUGAAACUGGUGGUGGAGAAGCACAGAACAAGGAGAUGAACAUGUUCGUGCGGAGUUCGAGUGCUUCUCCUGUUUGGGAAGCCAACGCUAAGAACGUUAUUAAUAUUACUAAAGGUGCCUUCACCGAUUCAUCCAUCGACCUUAAAGCUUCUCUUCCUCCUAACGACAACCUCGCUUCCAAAGUGAAGCAGAGUCUGAUUGGGAACAAGACACCCGGAAGAAAAGGACAUGUGGAGAUGGACCAAGAGGGUAAUAAAGGCAGUGACAUAGAAGACGGUGGUGGUCUCAGCGGUCCGGCGAAACAGAAAAUGCCGCCGGCGAGCGUGAUGACGAGACUAAUACUGAUAAUGGUUUGGAGAAAACUCAUUCGAAACCCUAACACUUACUCUAGUCUCUUUGGCCUUGCUUGGUCCCUUGUCUCCUACAAGUGGAAUAUAAAGAUGCCAACAAUAAUGAGUGGAUCGAUUUCGAUAUUAUCUGAUGCAGGUCUUGGCAUGGCUAUGUUCAGUCUUGGUCUAUUUAUGGCAUUGCAACCAAAAAUAAUUGCAUGCGGAAAAUCAGUAGCAGUCUUCGCGAUGGCCGUGAGGUUCUUGUCAGGACCAGCCGUAAUCGCAGCAACCUCGACUGCAAUUGGUCUUCGAGGCAAUCUCCUCCAUAUCGCCAUCGUCCAGGCUGCUCUUCCUCAAGGAAUUGUUCCUUUUGUUUUCGCCAAGGAAUAUAACGUCCAUCCUGAUAUCCUAAGCACUGCGGUUAUAUUCGGAAUGCUGGUUGCUUCGCCUGUAACAGUACUCUACUACGUUCUUUUGGGCAUUUAAGUGAAGAUUGAAACGCAAAUCAAAGACGAUCGAUACU